GUCGAGGCUUUCCAUGGCGCACUCUCAGGACAAUUUGUAGGUUAGUUUUUGUUUUGUUUUGUUUUUUAAUUCAGUUAACAUACUGCCGUUGCUCUAAAAAGUUUGUAUUUAGAUACGGAGUAACAAUAAUGGCGUAUGUUUAUACACUGAAAGCCCUGUAUCGCAAUUUUACGCCAGCACUGACGCAGAAGUGCAGAUUCGCAGCGGGCAAUUUGUUAUUCCAUACGCACCGAACAGAGUUAACCGUGCCGAGAGUGACCUUCCACGGGAGGCUUGGAUCACCUGCGUGCAAAUGUCACGCUCUGUGCGGUUUCCUUCAAUCACGCAGGGCUAUUACUCUUGACUUUAGGGCAAGAAAUAAAAGCCAGGAGCGAGAAAAUGAACAAAAAUCGGUUUACAAAUACCAGAGUGGGAGCCCAACGCCAUCAGCUACACGUAGAGUGAAGGAAGCUGGCCGCGAUUUCACUUAUUUGAUCAUUGUACUCAUCGGGCUUGGAGUGACAGGUGGUCUUCUGUACGUGGUCUUCCAGGAACUGUUUUCUUCCUCCAGUCCAAAUAAAGUAUACGGGAAAGCAUUCAACAAAGUCAAAUUAGACCCAGAGGUGAUCGGCGCCUUCGGAGAACCAAUAAAGUGUUACGGUGAGACAACUCGUCGAGGAAGAAGACAGCAAGUCAGUCAUAGGGAGUAUCUGAAAGAUGGAUUAAAGCACAUGAGACUGAAGUUUUACAUUGAAGGAGCUGAACCAGGUCUUAAAGGCACAGUACACUCCGAGUCAAAAGAGAAUCCCGAUUCUGGAAAAUAUGAGUUUCUUUACAUACUUGUUGAAAUAGACACCUACCCAAGGCGGACCAUCAUUGUUGAAGAUAACCGAUUAAAACAAAUCUAAAGCAAAUAGGAAAAUAAGAGGACUACUCGGUGAAGACAUCUAAUUUGCGUACAUCUGAUAGUGUGAAUGUAUAUUUUGUAUUUGUUGUUAUUUGAAAAUGGUUGUGGAUGUAAAUAUGACAUGCCUUUAGUGAUUAAAAACAUUUGGUUUGAACAACAACAUUUACUUGAUUUAAAUGUAGUUAU